AUGUCAGCUCGUCAGCUCAAAGAAGCAUCCGCUGAAGAUCAGUCCUCCGAUGACGAUAGUGAUGAAGCUGGUCCUAAAGCAUCUGCUAGAGACCGGUCGUCCAAAAAUCGUGAUGGAAAUGGUACAAACAGGAGAGACUCCUCAGCACCUAGUCAACGAGCACUAGUGGCAGCCCCAACAGACGUCAUUUGCGGACGUGGCAUUCACAUUGCCAACCAUCGCGGCAACCUGGACCUCCAUCUAAUGGUAAACAACUAUCGAGAUGCAUAUCUAGCAUCACGGCGGCCAGAAAAGACAAAGAUAAUCAAACAUGUCCUUAAGGAAAUGAAGAGUACCGGGGCCAGGUUCAUCAGAAAGGUCACGGAUGGAAGCAGUGCAGAUACAUGGGAGGAAGUUGAUUAUGCAACAGCCUACAAGAAAGUAAGUCAUGCAUUGCGUCUUCGGACUGUAAACGAGAGCAAUGGCAAGUCCAUUUCUGCGGCAGAUGCGGUUCACCCUCAAGUUGAUCCGUAUGGUGAGCCGGAUCAAAUAAUACCCAGGCGGGCAGUGCUGCCAGUGGGUCAGCAUGAUCCAUUGUCCAGCCAGUUACACUCUUCAAUUGGAAUUGCUUCACAUCCAUUAUCCAGCCAGUUACACGCUCCCAGUGCAAUCCCUUCACAUCCAUCAUCUGGCCAUCUCCAUGCUCCCAGUGGAAUUGCUUCACGCCCAUCAUCCGGCCAUCUACACCCUCCAACAAGUGGAAUUCCUUCACAUCCAUUAUCAGGCCAGCUACCACCAAUUCCCAAUGGAGGUGCUUCACAUACAGCAGGUGUACCCCCUCCUCAAUUGGGUGGCGACCCAUCACUGCAUCAAAUAUAUCGUCAAGUAUACUGGAAUACCUUGUAUGCCCUCCAACAACAGUCAGAGCAGCCGCCAGAAAAACCGCCGCCGCCCAAUCGCUAG